UUGUUAUUUUUUUACCUACAUUUUUUGCAACCUGUAGCAACAAUUUGACCUUUCUUUAGCGACUUCCCGCGAAAAUGAUCGGCUCUUUCCAACGGUUUUAUGACGCGAUACUCGGGAUCUUUCGAUGAACCGCGAGACGGUUAAGAAUCGAUUCAGAGAUGCCGAACAAAUCGUGAUAUAAUUGGAGUAAGCGCUUAUAUAAAGUUAUCUCUGAGGGGAACUAACUGUCCUAAGAAAAGUUUACGCGGUAAUUUCUUUUAGUCUUCUCUGAGCGAUGCAUAUUAAAAUGAAGAUAUUAGAGUAACACUGUAUCAUUGCAGUUCUUGAGCGCCACCUGCUGGCCGAGAGCGAGUGUGCAGCUCAUUCAGCUCGUUCCCGGUGACUGAUGGAGGGUGAAGCCUGUGGGAGGUGCUGGGCUCCUCCUCCUCCUCUCUCUCUCUCUCUCUCUCUCUCUCUCUCUCUCAUUGUGUUCCCGCUCCGAGGCUCGUGAUGGAAGCGGAGCGACCCGCGGAGAACAAGCGCAGCAGGAAACCCGCUCAUCCCGUGAAGAGAGCCGCGCGCGAGGAGAUGAAGAGCUUUGCUGAAAGCACCAUGAAUGAGAUGUUGGGAUGGUACGGCUAUGAUUCAGUGGACGCCGCUGACGGACCGAACCGUGUCAAACACCACCAUAUAUCUCCAGAGAACUCAAAACCACAGGAGAGGAAGCUGCCUUCAUCAUCCUCUUCCUCAGAGGCCGUCAGAAUCAGUGAGAAGGAGCCGGCGUCUCCGUCUUCAUCCUCGUACUCUUCCUCGCUGCGCAGCAGGAACGUCAUCGUGCCGCUCAUCAAACCCUCUUCAGCGGAGGACGAGCAGAGCGAGCCGAUCGUCUGCGUCUGGUGUCAGAAGGAGGGCAUGAAGCGCUAUUCUCUGCUCAUGGGCUCCGAGAUCAAGAGCUUCUGCAGUGAGAAGUGUUUCGCUGCGUGUCGACGCGCCUUCUUCAAACACAACAAGGCUCGAGAUGAGGAUCGUCAUGGCAACCAGUCUCCGCCCCCUGGCCAGACGCAGGACACGCCCUCAAGACUUCUGCUGAAGAUGAACAACAACAUGCGUGUGUGUGAUUGGUGUAAACGCACGCGUCACACUGAAGAAUACCUGGACUUCGGCUCGGGCGAGAAGCGUCUGCAGUUCUGCAGCAGAAAGUGUCUAAACCAGUACAAGAUGGACGUGUUUUACCAGGAAGCUCGCACAGCUCUCGCUGACUCUGGCUCCGCCCACAAAGAUGAGCAGCCCCGCCCCAAAACUGCUGUCACGGAAACCCACAAACUGUUGACGCCGGAGGCCUGGGACAGACCAGUGAAAACCCUCUCGCCCCAAAUGCCCAUCUCAGUGAGGAUUCAGUCCAGCGCCACGCCCUCUUCUCCAGAGAAGCCACCCCCACAACAGAUGCCCCUCCCCUUUGUUCUGAAAAGUCCCGCCCCUAACCCACUACGCCCCCUCAGCCCCAUCCAGAGGGCUACCUUUGCCCCGCCUCCUCUCCGCCAGCAUUACCACGCCCCCUACAUGCCCCUCCCCCCUGUGUACACACCCCAUUUAGCCCCGCCCUGGCCUCAGCCAAUGAUAUUAUUGCCCUAUCCAGUUUUUGUUCCUAUUCCAGUGCCGAUUCCCAUUCCCAUCCCUAUUCCCCCUCAAAUGGGCCACAGAGGAGUAAUUCGAAGCCUUCAAGAGCAAGAAGAGGAGGGUACAGCAGAUCCGGGUCACACAGAGGAGACCACCAAGAGAGUAAAGAGCGAACGAUGCACUUCUCCUCUCUCUUCAGAGCGACAGGUGAUCCAGUGUCUCCGAAAACACAAAGAGGAAGCUCCGACACACAGACCACUUUUGUACACAUCUGUCGCUCCCAGAAUCGCUAGUCCCGCCUCUUUGUACUCAUUGGCCCGUACCACCGCAAUACAAGCCACCUCGUUUUCAUUGGACAGUGCUGGCUCCGCCCUGAUUCCGUCUCCUCUCUCCGAUUGUGAAGAUGUGAAGGAGAACAGCUACUUGAGUGGGCGGGGCGAUGGCUCGACCAAUCACUGGUCGGCAGAGCAGACGGAGUGCCGGAGCGACCAAUCGAAAGAGAGCAGGGGGGAGGAGGAAGUGCCGCAGGAUGUAGAGCACACUUACACAUGGUCUGUACCGCCGAAACUAAGCGAGAAGAACACACUGACGGCCACGCAAACACAUUUACACACGCAAACACACAGCUGGGAGAAAAACACCGAACUGAGAUCCGAGCCGAGCGGACGGAACGAUCCAGAACCGCCCUUCAAGAGACGAUGCUUGAGAACCAGAGACCAGAACAAAUGAGGCCCGGGGUGUGUGUAGAUCGAUGACGCGAUCGAGUCGAGUGUUUCGGCGGCCGAUGAAGAGUGUGAACGUACUGGAGACGUCCGCCCCAGAGCAUCAUGGGAGUCAGAGAUCAAGCGUGUGUGAUCCAGUUAGAGGACACAUGUGUGUGUUUUCCUGCCAAGUAGCUCCUACAAAGCCAGGCAUUGUUCCUCACUGUGUGUGUGUGUGUGUGUGUGUGUGUUCAGCUGUGGUUUAGGAUUACCUGACACACACUGGCACUUUGCUACAGAGCAUUUUUAGACUUCGCUGCAAGAGUGCCGAGAGCACACACACACUCACACACACACACACACACACACUCACACACACACACACACACACACAUCAGUACAUUGAGCUCUGCGGCUCCUCAGAAGUUUAGAAAUGGUAUAUUCAGGAACAUGAGUGUGGAACGAUCCGAAUCGACUCACAACUUCUUGCUUUUUAACCCUUUGUGGUUCCUUUGAGAAAACUCUUCAGUUAUUGGCCAAAUGGUGGCGAUGUUUGAAGUCAUUGCCAACAGAUUCGAUUCAGAACGAAUAUCAGCCAAAAUACACGACCAGAGUUUGAACAACGGGCUAAUGUUAGAGCAGAUCGGGAUGGAAACCUGCUCAUUUAUGUCUGUUUAUAAGCAUUCUCUAAUAUUUUUCCAGAUGUUUUCUCAUAGGGAUUUGUCAGAAGUCUCUGUUAAACGAGCAGCUACGAGGAGAAUCACAGCUUUGCACACUUUCAGUUUUAAGCAAAAAAGCAUUCAUAAAUCUGUCCCGUGAGGCAUUGAAGAAUAAAGAAUUAUCCAAUUAAAACAGUCAUGAAAUAUAAAACCAUUAAUUUGAAGUUGAAGAAAUUAUUUAUUUUAGGUUUACUGAAAAAUAUGCACCUGUAUACAAAUAUUUAAGUAUUUUGAGAGCGACUUCCAUUAUGAAGUCAUACACAGAGUUUCACUGAGUGGGCGGGGCUAAUGAGUUUUUGGCACUCUCUGAUUGGUGGAAUUUUCUGCAUUAAAAUCAUUACAUUAUGUAAUGGGUGAUGUAGUUUUUGCAUAUUCACAUUUGAGAUAUUUCAUAGCUACAGUCAGUGUGAACUCACCAUGUUUUCUAAAUACAUGUUAAAGCAAAUCAUCUGUGCAUAUGUUUCAUUCUUUAAAAAAUUGGACUUAGUAAUGUUUAAUAAAAAUGCCAAACCUUCAUGCAGAACUUUUUUAAGUGCCACGCCCACAUCUCAACAUCCAAUCAGCAACUGAUGUAUAGAACCUAGUCCCACCCUGCUUUUUUUAACCUUCUUUUUCAAAUCUGUCUCUACUUUCAUUUCAUCACGACUUUUUGAAAAUGUGUGUAAGCAGAUUUUUACACAAAAAAAAAACCCUGUAAAACAGAUGCGGUGUUGAUUUAAAUGAUAUUUAUUAAUAUGAUUUACAGAUGUCAGACCCUCUAAAUGUAUAAUAUUUCACACCAGUGCCAAUUUCACAGAAGGGUUUUAUCUAAUAAUUUCCUUUCAAGGUUUUCUUUAUUUUUUAUGGUUGAUUUAUUG